GGGGACGAGGAGGAGGAAGAGGAGGAGGAGGCAGCGGUGCCACCCCUCCCGCCCUCCUUUGGAUGAGAAGCGAGCGCGAGGGCUUCUCUUUAUUGCCUCUCCCCCCCACCUCUCUCUCUCUUCCCAGUAUUUAUUUAUUUCACUCGCAAGUGGCCGGAGCAGCGAACACCCCCCCCCCCCCCCCCCCCCCGUCUCUCAAGCGCUCGUCCCCCUCUCCAGCACCAGCACGGCGACACUCGGGGGAGCGCUGCAGGAGAAGCUGCUGCCGCUGCUGCUGCUGCUGCUACAACACCAACGGGGAGCCGAGAGCAGUCAUUGUCUCCUGCACGGGCUGUUGCGACCACGACACGCAAACCUCACAUAGGACAGAGGCUAUGUAUUCACGAGCACCCAAUGCACGCGGCCAUAGGUAUGCUAACGCGUUGUUUUCAUAGAGGCGCACCAGUUCAGAGAGACACAUUGAGACAAACAGUCUAUGCGUUCGGCUUGUACACGCACACCGAUGCGCGCAGGUAGGGGCUAUAAGGCGUGCAGUUCUCGGGGUUCUACACGAUUCACACACACAGCAUCAGCAGCAGCGGCAGGGAAAUGAACAACACGGCACCAGUUGAGAUGGUAGGAUGCACGCACUCGGUCUAGAUCACACCGGGCUACGCGCGCGGGUUACGGUGACGCUCAAGAGUGACUAUUUGUGAAUCCGUUGCCUACCCCGAUGUAGGUAGACAGCUGAAGCGUACGCCAGUUGUGCGUGGGGGUUUCCCCCCCCCCCCCCCCCUUCGUCUUCUUCCAUUCCUUGGGCGGCGAUAGCGUUGACAGCACGGGCUGGCGUGUGGGCUAUUGUUGUAAGCCGCCGAGGCUGGGUUGUUGAUUAUUGAAUACCGCGGUCGAAGGCGACGACUCCGACUCCGUCACGUGGAGGGCAACCACAGCGCGCAAGAGGUCCGUGCCAACACCGUCAGAAUGUGUGAACACAAUCGUGGCGAGUUGGUGGCCAGAUUAAGUCGUUUACCGAAUUGCGGCGAGACUUUUUUUAUAUAAUUUUUUUUUAAAUCAGAGUCACAGACGUACGAACGUAUACUUCAUUGUGUUGUAACUCGAUGACAGACCCGAAAUUACAUAGCGUCAGAUGUAUUCGUUGGCGAUGCGUGCGUUGAGAAACCGCUCCGUUUGGAAAUGCAACCUUGCAAGACCUGUUAUACUUGCACGGUGCACUUGCACGUUAAUUACAUACGAAUUUAAACACGCAUUGUCAUAUAAUAACAACAACAUAGGGAGGUUACCGAGAAACACUCGGCAAUCUGGGUGAACAGGCAGUCCGCGACAAUGUAUCGAUAGCUGCAUAAUUCGUGCGAUCGAUAGGUCUGCAACUAUUAACAACCACACAUACAUAGUAAGUCGUCAGGCAAAUCGACUACGUACACAGGCAUAGUAUAUGGAUGCACAUCAAUUCUAGGACACGUACAAUCUGGGAUAUACACACGUGCGCUAAACUACAUACACAUCAAUCUCGGCAAAAUACACCUUCCUGAUGGUACCCAUUCUAUAAAUAAAUACACGAAUCUAUAGGUCGAGAGCUUAUAGAUACACACACACACCAAGAAAUACACGUACACACUUUGACAUACACAAAAAUACACAUUGAGGUCGAUCAUCUGCACCACGAUCAUACUCUCAAAUUACGAAGACCCCUCCCCUAUAACCUUAACAGACUCUUGGGGUAAGUGCAGCUCGCGAGACACACAACACCCAUAGCCUGUAACAGACUGUUGGGACAAGUUAUGUUGGCGAGCACCUAUUAAGAUCAGUCCGGCAAUCAAAGAGGGUUGGGUGGUGGUGGCCAGUCUUCCAUACACACACAAGACAAAGACACACACACACACAAACUCUCACGCACGUACCAACUAGUACUCGUACACAGCACACAGCGGGGGGGGGGGGGGGGCUACAAGGAGACACUGCGAGCCCCGUGGUAUCAGCAACAGAAUUCGGCGUAGGCGGCACCCAGAUUGGAAGAGACGAUGCCGUUCUUCUACAUCGUGGACGACCUGCCCCAGUCGCCGUGCGCGCCCCGGCUGGAGCACUUCGUGGAGCAGCAGCACCACCGCCAGUACCGCGCCAGCGCCAUCCGCAGCCGCGCCGAGCGCCUUCAGGAGCCCCCCGGGCGCGACCCGCGGCGAUUCGCGGAGCUGCGCGCCGAUUGCCUCCGCAGCGGCUCCCUCUACGUGGACCGCGACUUCCUCGCAGGGGACGCAGUGCUGGGGCCCUCGCUGUGCGGCCAGCGGUGCAGUUGGCGCAGGCCCACGGAAAUAUGCUACAACCCACAGUUCAUUGUGAAUGGAGCCACAAGAACCGACAUCAAGCAGGGGGCUCUGGGCGACUGCUGGCUGCUGGCAGCCAUUGCAUCCCUGACCCUGCACCCCAGGCUGUUGGCUCGCGUGGUGCCAGAAGGACAGAGCUUCAGCGACGGCUACGCCGGCAUCUUCCACUUCCAGUUCUGGCAGUUUGGUGAGUGGGUGGACGUGGUUAUUGACGACCUGCUACCCACGCAGAACAACAAGCUGGCUUUCCUGCACUCCACAGACCGCAACGAGUUCUGGAGUGCGCUGCUCGAGAAGGCAUAUGCAAAGCUCAAUGGCUCAUAUGAGGCCCUCAAGGGUGGCAGCAUUGCCGAAGCCAUGGAGGACUUCACGGGCGGCGUGUUCGAGUUCUACGACCUGAAGAAGGCACCUCCAGAUCUCUACCGCAUCAUGCGCAAGGGCUUAGAGAAGGCGUCUAUGAUGGGCUGCUCGAUUGAUAUCACAAGCAUGUUUGACCUGGAGGCACGACUGCCCAAUGGGCUGGUGAAAGGCCACGCCUACUCCAUCACGGGCCUUGACCAGAUUGUUUCAGGAACAUUGUGCAUUGCUCAUGAUGUGUUUUUUGAGGGACAAGAUGUAAGGUUGGUGCGAAUCAGGAAUCCGUGGGGAGAGGUGGAGUGGAAUGGGGCCUGGAGCGAUAACUCAUGGGAGUGGAGGGUCGUAGAUGUUUCGGAGAGACGUCGACUGGAGCAGGUCCGAGCGGAGGAUGGAGAAUUCUGGAUGUCCUUCUCGGACUUCAAGCGUAACUUUUCCAAGAUGGAGAUCUGCAACCUGUCGCCCGACACGCUGCGCACGCAGAGCGACUCGCGACACUGGACGGUGACGGCGCACGAGGGACGCUGGCUGCGCGGCUGCACCGCCGGGGGCUGCCGCAACUACGCAGGGACGUUCUGGACCAACCCACAGUUCCACUUGCGAUUGCACGAGGAGGACGAUGACCCGGAUGACGAUGAGGUGGCCUGCUCGUUCAUCGUCGCCCUCAUGCAAAAGAACAUGCGGCGUCAGAAGCGAGACCUACUCACCAUCGGCUACGCCAUUUACGAGGCGCCGCCCGGGUGCACGCACCUGCCGGGGGAAUUCUUUGUGCGGAACUCCUCGCGCGCCCGCAGCCACAACUUCAUCAACCUGCGCGAGGUGUCGGACCGCUUCCGCCUGCCGCCCGGCCACUACGUCAUCGUGCCGUCCACGUACGAGCCGCAUCAGGAGGCCGACUUCCUGCUCCGGGUCUACUGCGAGAAGAUGAACAGAUCGAGAGAGUCGGACGACAGAAUUGGUGCCAACAUUGAAGAGCCCAGCAUGCCCGUGGAGUUGGUGGAGACGGACGAGGACCGGAGGUUUACACAGGUCUUCAAGAAGCUGGCCGGCGAGGACAUGGAGAUCAGCCCCAGGGAACUGCAGGACCUCUUAAACAAAGUUACUGCCAAACAUGGCGAGCUCAAGUCCGACGGAUUCAGCUUGUACGCCUGCCAGAGCAUGGUUGCCCUCAUGGAUUCUGAUGGAAGCGGAAAACUCGGCCUUCCCGAAUUUAAACUGCUCUGGGAGAAAAUCAAAAUGUGGCAGGCAAUCUUCAGGAAGUAUGAUGAGGAUCGUUCGGGUACCAUGUCGUCGUAUGAAAUGCGAGCAGCUCUCAAUGCAGCAGGAUUCCACCUGAACAACCAGAUGUAUCAGCUGAUCACCAUGCGCUACGCCGACGAGAGUAUGACCAUCAAGUUUAAUGACUACAUUACCUGUAUGGUGCGAUUGGAGGCCAUGUUCAGAAUAUUCCAUGCCCUUGACAAAGACAAACGUGGCGUUAUCAGACUGGGACUGGGUUUGUGGCUGCAGUUGACCAUGUACGCAUGAGGUCUUCACCGAUUGGCCACCAGGAGCAAGGAGAGCAGAGCCUGCACCAAUCAGAAGCAAGCAUGUGCAUGAAAAUGUGCCACGAAAAAUAUUCACCGAGUUGAAUAUCGUGCUGAGUGUCAAAGUGAAGCCUUCAGCAGGGUGCUUUUAGCACCGGCAGUACUGUUACAUUUCUAUUACAUUGCUGAGACGUCAGUUUUAAGUUUGACAAAUUUUGGUACACCCUCGUGUAUGAGAAUACUGUUGUGUUUUUACGCCAUUGAUCGGUGCAUUGAUAAUAUGCAUGGUAUCUGUUUAAAUUGUAUGGAGCUAGCAGGCAUGUGUAGCCAACUUGUGGCCAUGUGAUAUAGUUAAUUGGGGAGCUGGUAUUAUUUAGAAGAGAUUGAAGGUAUGUUUCUGCCCCCCCUGGUAAGGGGAUCUAAAAUAUGUCUUGUAAAGUGAUCUGGUUGUUCGGGGGCAGCCUGGUGUUGGAUUGUGUGAGGAUGGGAACAUUUCGAUGGCUUUCGUGCUGAUCUGUGAACUGCUGUUGAAUUUCCUGAGUCACAGAUCCCUCAGAUGUGUGUUGCUAAAUGGGGCUUGGCAUGUAAAGGAGCAAUAUUAUAAGUUCGUGCACUGAGAAUUACAGCAACGGUACUUUUCUAUAAACAACGGUACUUUUCAACAGUGGGUGUCAUAUUGAGGGACUGGCCCCUUCCAAACGAACGCGGAAUCUUAACAAACUGGUCCAGGGCCACCAGUAGCCUCACUCGUUUGAAAAAAGAAACCAGCCGGACUUUUAUAAAGGCAUGUACUUCCAGUAGAAUAACUGACGAAACAAAAUGUCUUCUUAAUCAGUUGUAUGUUUGUCUACAUAGGGGUAAACAUUUCUAAUAGGAGUAAUUGGUCAGAUCAUUGAUGGCGCAAAGUCAAAGUGAACCAUUUAUAUUGCCAUUUUUUUACAGGGGAGUAAAGAAAAUUAUGUUGUAAAUGAUUCGAUCAACAUACAGGAUUGGAUCAUUAAUACUGGACUGUUCCGCUUCAAGUGAAAAUGCUAUACAUGUGUGUGCAGAUUGUGGACAAGUAUUGGAAUUGUCUGCAUUGGAGAAUUGUGCAUGAUGAUUUAUGUAACGUUUAAUUCAUCCUCCCUGCUCCAGCUGUGGCCUCUUCUGCAAGUCACCAGUGGCAUUACUUAAUGGUCAAAAAAAGCAUGGAGCGGAAGUUGCAAAACCUGCAGGCAUGGCAGCAGGAGGGGAUGGUAAAGCUAUCUGCGCCAUUGUUUUUUGUUGUGAAGCUAUGGGUUUACAAAGUGUUCUCCGGUGGCGUUAUUGUCGUAAGCCGUCCAUAACGGGUGCACCUUGCGUCCAAACGGAACCACUUGGUUUAAGGUCAGGUGCCCGCACACUGCUCUUCAGUCGGAUUGUGGUGGGACAGAGCCAAAUGGCUCACGAUUUGGUUUGAUGAACCACUUUGUCGGAAGUUCGCGUUUUUCCUUUGGUCAGAAUGUCACCGCUGGCUCAGGGUGAUAAAUGGAGGUGAGUACUGCCUCAGACUUGUUUGAGCAAGGAAAAGAUUUUCACUUUUGUCCAACACAUAGUUGAAGGCAAAACAUAAUGCAAAUGUAACAUUUUAAGUCGAGUGGUCAUUUUUAUUAAAAUGUUAAACUUAUGUAGAUUUAUUUCAACUCUCACAGAAAGGUAAAUUACUCGUGUGUGUGUGUGUGUGUUUGUUGGGAGCAGUAGUGUAGUGGUUCAGCGCUACGUUGCGCUAUGAACCCAGCGGCCCGAGUUCGAUUCCUGCUCAUGGCCAACAUCAGUGACGAUUAUCUGAACGGGUCCUGGGCCUGCCCUAAGUCGACUCAGCCUCAAAUGAGUACCUGGUGCGGUGUGUAAACAUCGCCACUCGGGAUACAAAGGCGGCCGGGCGUGGUGCUGGUCAUCCACCUCCUCGUGUGUCGUGCCGGCCUUCGUAGGUGCUCGCUAACAGCACUUGCCCCUACAGUCUGUUCAGGCUAUACGGGGGAUCUUUGUGAGAGGGAAAACGCAUGAAACAAUUUUAGCAAUAAUCUCAGUGUAUAGCUAAGAAAAUAAAUUUUACCCCCACUGACGGUCCUUAUAUAAAUGCAAAUGUUUGUGCAAUACAUACACACGCGAAAUGAGACGUUAACUUGACAAGGUUCUCGUAAUGCUGCGAGACCUCGCACCAGUCGGGCAGUCUUAUCGGCUCGUUUAUUAACCUGCCUUUGACUCGAGCAAUCUCAAGGGUGCAUUCAGCGGCUCAUUCUCAAGCGUGGGCAUGUUGUGACCUUAGGCCAGGUGGUCCCAUGCGGGAGGGGAGCUGUGUUGUAUUACAGUUGGACACGACACUUGCGAGCACGCAGUUGUGCCAAUCGUUGCUUAAAUUAGCAUUUGCCUUUUGAAUACUGUACGUGUGUAUUUAUAAAUGGGGAAAAUAAAAUGUUUUUGUAUGUGUGAAUAAGAUGGCCCCAGGAGUUUUUGCAAGUUUUGUGGUUAUGGAAGAUGACGCACAAAAAACCCGAAUAUGACUAGUUUAACUUUUGGAAAAUAUUGCAAUGGACACAUUAUGCACUAUAUAUAUACGUCUCCAAACAUUGAAUGUUGACAUUUUUAAGACGGCUGGAUGGUACCGUGACCGAGCGCUAGUUUCAGAAAAGUAAGAUUGAGGAGUUCAAAUCCCAAUCAGAGCUUAACUAAUUCUGUUGUUCCUCCAAGGUUGACAAAAUAAGUACCAUUACUGGAAACAGUGGUUCUCAUUUGGUGAAAUUGCCUCUUGGCAUAGGAAUGUUGAAUUUCCACAACUUGUCUCUGGUUGACAAUAGAGAUGAACAAUGCUCCUCAUUUGCGCAGUGAGACACUGGACAUGAAGUUGGGUGUGAUAUUUAAAGUUAACUUUGAAAACUGCGAUUUAGCGAGCUGUGGGGUGUAACUGGAUUCUGUGGAUCAAUGUUGAUGUCUAAAGCUCAAGAGAACCGUACUGAGUGACUGUUUAAAUGUUUACUAUUCAAUAUUAAUGCUAGGCUUUAAAAAUUAAACACGUCUACUUCCACCAUCAAUUUGCUUACAGGAACCAUGUAUUUGUUGAACGAGAAAAAUAUGGACAAAGAAAAGAAUUACGAAUUAUGUUAUCACAAUUAUAGAAUACAAUUGACAUUAUGUUUUUAUGUGAUCGCAUCUCCAGAUGCUUCACAGGUGAAAAAACAAACCAUAGCUACAUGCACAUGAGAACAGACAAUCCUCAAGUCUUGAACAAGGGCCAGAUAAUCAAGUGCACGAAGUUUAAGAGAACUCCAGACAACAUGAGCAGAAGUCAUGGAACGAAGCAUUGUAAGAAGGCCUUUCUGGGGAGACCACUUAAAUUCUGCGUAUUUGUCUCGCCUCAUUGAUAUGAAAGAUGUUUUCAUCAAUCAGUCUGUGGGCUUUCCAGACCAAUAUCAUUCAACAUAAUUUGUUUAAGUAAACUAAGGACCGGGGUUUGACCUUUUGCGUGUCACCAGGCAAUAAGCUUGUUAAAUAAAUAUUGCUCCGGUUGACAUGUUACGGGCAAUCUUUAAUACAGGGCUCUGUUCACCACAAACCAUAUAUUUGCAUGUGCUUUUGUGGAGAAUAUAUAAUUUUAGAGCCCUUUGUCAAUGCCCUUCUGGAUGAAGGCCUUCACACCCCGUAUCUCGCUUCGUUCGGUUCAUAUACAAACGCACACACCACUGCGCCAUUAAUUAUGACGCGUUGUGAGUCAUACAAUAAAUAUGAGGGCUU